AUGUGGCCAACAGGGUCUUCAGGAGGCCAAGUCAAGCUGAGAACGACGUUCGAGAAAGAAGAGGAAGUGCCAAACUCUGCAAGACUGAGACAUGGCAAACUCUUUGUGUCAGCGCUUGGCAGGCUGAAGCCUGACUUGCUGAGUUGCAGCAGUGCCAUCGCCGCUUGCGCUUCUGAAGGUCUCUGGGCAGAGGCUCUUGAGUUUUUGGCGCAAAUCCCAGGACAUCCAGACGUGCCGGCCAUGAAUGCUGUCAUGACUGCAUGUGCAGAGGCUGGAGAGUGGGAACGAGCCUUCCUACUGUUGCAACAGUUUCGCCUCCAUCAUUUGGUUCCAGACGUCGUCAGCUUCAACUCCGUAAUGGCGGCCUGCGAUCAUGGGCAGCAGUGGGACUUGGCUCUGUGGCUUUUUGGACAGCUUCGCACCCUGCGCCUGCGGCCGUCCCUUAUAAGCUUUAGCUCUGCAGCCAGCGCCUGCGAGAAGGCAAAGCAGUGGAUGCAAGCAGUGAGUUUGCUCCUCACCCUUCAGCAGUCUGGGCUGCAAGCCGAUGACAUCGCUUUCAACACGGUCACAAGCGCGUGUGGCCAUGGACAGCAGUGGAAGAAGGCUCUGGGUAUCCUUGGAUGCCGGGAGGUAUGUGGACUCCCGUGGGCAUUGGUCACCUGCAAUGCAGCCAUCUCUGCAUGCGCUGCUGGCCUCGCCACCCGUGUUGCCCUGGCUUUCCUGCGAAGGCUCCGUGUUGAGCAUCUUCAUCCCAGUGAGGUCACCUGGAAUGCCGUGAUGGAGGCCUGUGGCGAUGCGUGGCAGCUGAGCCUGGAGCUGUUAAGGGAGAUGGAAGAGCAGCGCUCCGAAGUCAACAUUCUAGCGCUGGCCUCUGCGGUGUCAUCGCUGCAUCGAGGCCGUGCAGGCGGCAAACUGGCCGGCCAGCUGGAGGAGCUCCGCACUAGCGCCCUUUGCCGAAGUCGCCUGCUUGCCGAGCCCGAGCGGAUAAACCGAGCACUGUCCGUUGGCUGGUUGAGAUCCAUGCCAUCUUGCAUGCUCAUUGGGAAGGAGUUGGCCCGAGCUAGUAGCAAACUGGCAGACUAUGGUCAGGUACUCGGAAUUCAACUUUAUCCCGCACCCACAUCUCUCAGAGGGUUCGACCUGGAUGGCAACCAGCCAUGA